AUGACAAGGGGUAUAAUAACUGAGCUAGGAAAUAAAGUAUCUGUUAAACUCAUUGGUAUAUGUUGUGAUGCACCUGCUAAAAAAGAUUUAUUAGGUAUUAAAGGACAUGGAGGCUACAAUUCUUGCAUUAGAUGCACAGUUCAUGGUAGAACGAUUGAAAGAAGGAGAACUUUUACCGACUUGGACUGUCCAAUGAGGACUAAUGAUGAUUUUAUAAAUUGGGUAGAUGUUAAUUUUAGACAAUCAGAUACGCCAUUGGUUAGAAUACCUGAUUUUGAUUUUGUUAAGUCAAUUAUUCUUGAUUUUAUGCACCUCGUAUGUUUAGGUGUAAUGAGAACAAUGCUCUUAAUUUGGUGCAAUUGUGAACUUCCACACAAACUAUCGCGAAAACUUAUUCAAGUAGUUUCAGAUUUUAUGACAAACAAUCGUAGAAGCUUACCUGUGGAAUUUGUUAGGCAGCCUAGGGAUUUAAAAUAUUUGUUGCGAUUCAAAGCAACAGAAUAUCGUUCUUUUUUGAUGAAAUAUACAAUUAAUAUGUAG